UCGCGUUCGGCCGGUGCGCGUGUACCUCCCUCGACUCUGACGACGGCUCCGACGACUUGCAAAGUCACGACUACGACGACGACGGCGGCGGCGGCGGCGGCGGUGGCGGAGUUAGCGUCAUAACAAUCAUAGCAUUAUUUUUUUUUCACCCCCUCCGUCGUCAUCGAGAAUACCACUGUCGUAUUGUAGUGGUCGCAAUCGUAAUAAUUCGCAGUUAUAAAAGGCCACCACAUUAGGUUUUAUUAAUGUUCGCUGAACUAUAAUGUCCAUAUUACCACCCUCGCGUGGAAAAAUUGUAUUCGGACUGGGUAUAGCCUAUUUACUGGUGCAGUUUUUAUAUGUCAGCUAUUACAACGAAACUCGUCGCUUCGACAAUCUGAUUACAACAACAACGCAAGAAUACUUCCCAUCGACCAACCCUGUGCCAAUAACUCACCUCAAUCUUUCCGGUAUUCAGACUAUGAUUUAUAAUAAUAUUCAAACUAAAGAGAUGAAAGACAAAAAUCUUCUCACGCCGUGUCCACAAACUCCACCUGCUUUAAAUGGAACAGUGCGUUUGCUUGUACCUGCUCAGGAAACGUUGGAAGAAGUGGCCCAGCAGUUAUCAUGGCUGAGAUUUUUAGAAGGCGGACACCAAAUGCCUUUAGACUGUCAGGCGAGAUAUAAAAUUGCAAUUAUAGUGCCUUAUAGAAACAGACUAGCCAAUCUCUGCUCGUUCCUUUUAAAUAUGCAUCCAUUUUUAACAAAACAACAGUUGGAUUACACUAUCUUUAUCAUAGAACAGUUCGACGAUGGACUGUUCAACCGGGCGAUGUUAAUGAACGUUGGGUUCACCGAAGCGUUAAAGUUACACGAUUUUGACUGUUUCUUUUUCCAUGAUGUAGACCUUAUACCAGAAAAUGACAGAAACAUAUACAGUUGUCCCGAUCAACCAAGACACAUGUCAGUAGCUAUUGACAAGUUUAAUUACAGACUGCCAUACGUGGACUUAUUCGGUGGAGUUAUAAGCAUGAGCCGAACGCAUUUCCAGCUGGUCAACGGAUUCAGUAAUAUGUUCUGGGGAUGGGGUGGCGAAGACGACGACAUGGCGUCUCGGGUCAAGGCACACGACCUAAACAUCACCAGAUACCAUCCGGACGUGGCACGUUACCAUAUGUUGACACAUGCCCAACAAAAGGCUAACCCAAAAAGGUAUGAAAAGUUGUACAGCGGCCGGAAACGUUUCAAAACGGACGGACUUAACAAUCUCGAGUACCGGGUAAAAGCAUUGAAACAAUUGCCGCUGUUCACAUACUUGCUGGUCGACUUGACCAGUAGGCGCAGUUGAUGGACGAUGCUGAUGUGGCGCUGGCCGUUCGGUCAGCAAGCCGCUUAAUAAAACCGUUUAUGCUCUCCCACUCACUCACUCUUUCUCUCUCUCUCUCUCUCUCUCUCUCUCUCUCAAUCUCUCUCUCUCUCUCUCCUCUCUCUCUCACCCCCUCUCUCAUCCCCUCUCUUAUCUGAGAGUCCCGUGGCAUAUUGUUACUUUCAAUCGAUUUACAAUGUAAAGUACGCAUAGGUACGUACUAUUUAUAAAUUAUGUAAACUUUUUUUUUCUUUUUAUAUAUUAAAAUAUUAUAUUAAACUAUCAGGGUUAUCGUUCCCUGAUUUGGUGCUAAACUAAAACACGUAUUGUUAUUUGCAUACGCUGCACUUGAAUUAUAUAUGUAUAAAACGGGGAGUUGUGUACGACCGAAUAGAUAUCGCUGCACUCACGAGGAAAAAACCAAAAUCCGGGGUCUUUAUUAUUAUUAUUAUUAUUAAUAUGAUCAUUAUCAUUCCUCGAUUCGCGGAUGAUCGACUAGCGACCGAUGACAACAUUAUUCUACAAUCAAUGUUUUAAAUAAAUACCAUUCCACCAGCAAACAUGGAACACCGCGAUCGCAACCAAACAGGCGUUUGAAUAAAAUAUAAAAGGCACCGCAAAUAUAAAAUGCACCGUUACCGUUGGUUUACGCAGUAUUUCGAAAAAAUCUCGUCGAUUUAUCAUUUUCAUCGAAAACUGCAAACCAAUUUUAUAAAAUUUGAUAACGUAGUAACCGUUACAAUUUUUAGCAGUUACAAUGGCCUAUUAGGUUAGAUAGGAACGACCUGUUCACAUAACAUUUCGUUGUUUUUCAGGAUACCGGUCACUUAUUAACAUCAAACAUUGUAUAAUGAUUAUACAUAUAUACACACAUAGUAUAAUAUUACAUUAUUACGUGGUUUAUAUUUACUGAUAUAUAACCAUUUUCUAAUACCUAUAGAUAUGGGUAGAUAUUAUAGCAAUAUUUGUUUUUUCUAAAAGAUUUUUAUCUUAUUUCGUAUUGUAGAUAAUACACCAGCUAAUGAAUUAUUGAACGUUUUACACCUUGUACAUACAACAUACCGUAGGGGUAAGGUUCAUUAUUAUUUCACUAAUCUUACUUUCAUGUAUUCACAACAAUACUUUUGACAUAUUUCAUGAUUUUGGGAUCAACGAAUAGGCAAUAAGUAUUAGGGUAGGCCUAUUUUUGGGUCAAUAUGACUCUGUGAUAUUUAUUAAAUAUAUUAUAUUGUAAUACACACAUUCUCUAUCUUUUUAUUGGUUCAGAAACCGGGCAAUUUUAUCAUUGAACCGCCGUAUCUGUUAAUUAAGAUAAAAGAGACUUGUAGCUUUAUAAAUUCAUUAAUUUAAAAUGUAACUUAUUAAUAACUAUAAUAAUAAAAAUUAUAAUAUAUAUAUUAUGUACGUAUAAUAUCUGUAUAGUGAUUUAUUAUUGGGUACCUACGUUUACAGUUAGGUGUGUACCUAUUUUUUUUAUUGAUGUGUUUUUUGAAAAUAUUUUUAUUAGUUUAUAUAAAUUUAAUAUAUUUAUUUAUAUGUGUUAUAUUAUAAAGGAAACAACUUUUUAAAAAAUCGACAUUUUGUCAUCCUAUAAUAUUAUAUUAAAAUUAUAUAAUACCCAACGAAUUUUGCGUCCAAAACCCUCAUAUUUUGAGGCUAUCAAAUCUUAUUAAAUCCAUACAAGCUGUAUAUUUAUCUGUGCAAAUUACUAAAAUAUUAUAAAACAAUAAUAAAUCUAUAAUAUUGCAUUAAUUUUAUAAAAUAUAUUCGAAUAAUAAUAAUGUAGAAACUCAACAAAAUUGUAUUUUAAAAUACUUUUGAAAUCGAAUUCAAACUACCGAGUACUCUCUUUAAUCUUUAUUAUCUACAAUAAUUUUUAUCAAGAUAAAAUAUUUUUGAACGUAUUUUAUAACUAUACAAAAUUAUAUUGUAAAAGUUGUAUAAACGUGUUGUAUUUGUGAACACCGUAUUAGUAUUUAGUGCUAACAUUUUUUUUUUUAUUAUGAUUAAAAAUUUCAAUAUUUCCUAAAUUGAAAAUGUAAACCUAAGUAUAAGUUGUUAUUGCGUACAUAAAAAUACUAUAGAUAAAAUUAAAAUUUGAAUUGACGAAUUGAAUGGGAAGGGUGCUAAUUAAUUAAAAGUGUAACAGAUAAGAUAAACUUUUGAAUACAUAUAGUAUGAUAUUAUAACGCAAUACAUUAUUCCAUUGAACUUUUUAACUUAAACGUUAAUAAUCUUACAUUAUGUUAAAUAUUAUUUAAUUAUCUGACUAUGGGUACCUACAUUUGAAAAAAAUACUUUACAUUUAUGAAAAUACGUUUGAAAAUAUUUUUAAAAUAAUUAUUACCACAAUUCACUCAAAAUACUCAAAAUUAUUAACAACAAUUUAAAUAAAUAAUUAUAAGAAAAAUACUGUCCACAGACUUAAAUUGUAAUAUAUUAAAUUUUUUAUUACUUAUAAUUUUACAUUUUACUUAUUAUAUUUAUUGUAUUAGAUAUAUUUUGCCACAUGGAGUGUACAGACUGACAUCAAUGUGUAUUUUUUUUUAAUAUUAUUUUUUAAAUAUUAAUUUUUAAUGAUGUUCAUAAAAUAAUUUAGAUAUCUUAUCAUAUAAGUUGUUAUGCCGUUUGGUUUUUUAAUUUUUUCUGUAGUUUACAUUAUAGUAAAUUAAUUUAGGUUAUCUCAUUACUCGGCCACUGUUGUAGACCUAGGUUAUUAUUUGUUAUACAUAUAUUUUGUUUUUUAAAACAAAGUUUAUAACCUAUUUCUCCUAAUUAUUAUAUUGAAUACCUAUGUAUAUAUUAUAUAUUUUUUUUUUGUAACUUUUGAAUUCAUUUAGGUCAUAUCACUUCUGUACUAAAACUCUUGAGACUAUUCAAUAAAUUAUUUCGUUUUUAAAUCACAAUAACUGGUUAAUAGAAUUAUUAUAUCUACUAUUUGUACCUGCUAAUAUUGUGCUGUUUGUUGACGUCAAUCUCAAAAGUACCUUUAUACUCUAUAACUCUACCGUCUAAUGUCCAU